UAUUUCGGCGAGUUUGUGUUCAGGCGUAUAAGAAACGCGAUCAACAGUCUUCAAACACGGCAAUAAAUUCGAUAAAGCAAAAUGAAAAUUGAAAAUUACCGUGUAAAAUUUGGUUCACUUAUAUCGAUAAGAUUCUAGUUACUUGUAUGGAUUCUUUCAACUGAACGCUGUUCGUAAUGUGGUACCUAGUGGUUAUAUUUGUUGGUAAUAUAUUAACACUAAUAUGUGAAAUCGAAAGCCGACCAUUACGCGACAUGGAUGAUAUCACUAUUUUAAAUAUUUUCGAUGAAAAGCUACAGGGAAAUAAACAUCAUCAUAGUCAGAAACUCCAGGCAAGCCUAGAAAGCAAAUUAAGUGGCGAUACAGUAGACAAUGAAGACAAAAGCCAUUACGGAUCACUGAAGAGUAGAGAAAUCGUAGAACUUAUUGAACAAGCUACUUUUAACAAAGAUGUCAGCGAUGUAUCAUUCGAUUCUAAAGUAAUAGAGAAGAAGCCAAAACACAUUCUUUAUAAGCUGCAUGGUAUUAAAAAUGUGGAUGACCACAAAAAAAAGUUGGAAUCUCGAGCUAACGUUCCAUUGGACGAAAGGACGAUUAGGAAAAUAUUAUCGUACUUUGAAAGUCAAGUCAAUCCUAAAAAGAAAGUGAAAAAACACACAGCAAAAAAACGGAGACAAGUUUCGAAUCUUGUAAAGUCUGCGAUAAAAGAUGCAAAAUACGGCAGACAUAAGAGUAUUGAUGAUUAUUCUAAAAUUUAUGUUAUAUUAAAUCCUCUGGCUAUCCAGGAAAGCAGCAAUAAAGAUAGUCUCAGUGAUAUAAUAUCAAAAUUAUCAUCACUAUCAUCUGCAUCGUUUCCAAAAGAACGUGCCGAGGUAAGGAAGGAUCGGCGAUACAAAGGGUUUCCAGUAAAGGAAGGCAUGUUUUCGAGGCGAGCUAGGCGAGAUUCAAAAGAAAAAUACGAUCCGAGAGAUUCCAUGGAGGACUACAAACAGAAACGGGCGCGAAAUGAUCAUGGCGGCGGACGCACAGCUAUACCUUACAUAAGGCACAGAGGCGAUAUAUAUGAAAGAGAUAAUUAAAUAUUUGGGGAUAAUAUAUCCUAUUUGUACUUAAAUAU